GCCUCGAGAGAUGUGCUAAAAUGACUGCCUUCGAGUGCAGAUCUGCAGAAUAUGUUCAAAGCAAGCAGAUAUGCAUCAUAAGCACGAGUAAUAGGGGUGACGCCGGGUCCACUCGAACCAUUGGUAACAUGGAUUACUACGAGCGAGUAGAGUUUUCACACGAAACCCCAGUUCAGGUGAAUGGUGCAUAUUGGGUCCGGAAACAGGGUCAAUAUCUCCCUGGCAACAAUGACGACAAAACUGAAGGGCUGUCAUUGGAAGAGUGCCUCGAGAGAUGUAUUAACAUGGCUGCCUUCGAGUGCAAAUCUGCAG